AACGAACAAGACUCGAGUCAAUUAGCAUGGGAUUGUUUUGUUUGCCGGCACAUAAAUUCGUAAAGUAAACAAAGGAUUCAUAUUGUAAAGUAUGAAAUUGUUACUUUUGCUAUUGUGUUUAAUAUCAGCAAAUCAGCAUGCACUUUCUACAAAUGGGAAUAGUCAGUCCGAUGAUGUAUGUAUUACGGAAAAUAAAGAAAAUUGCUCCUCUUUGAAAUCUGAAUCAAGCAGAAACGACAACAACAUUAUUGCUAAAAAAAUAGGAAAGUCACUUGAAUCGUAUGUUGACUGUGCGGCGGAAAAUGAGGAUUGUCAAUGUUAUAACAAUGUUAUCGUAAAUGACCUCAAACCCUACCAGAAUAAAGGUGUCACACAAGAAAUGUUGAAGAAUUCUGCAAAAUAUGGAACGAAGUAUAAAAUACUAAAUCACCGUCUUUACCGUGACAGUGAAUGUAUGUUUCCCGCGCGCUGCAGUGGUAUUGAACAUUUUCUGCUAAAUCUGCUACCCGAGUUACCAGAUAUGGAUAUGAUAAUAAACACGCGUGAUUGGCCACAAGUACUUUCGGGGCUUGGUGGCAGAAUAGGUCCAUUAUUCUCUUUUUCCAAAACAAAUGAUUAUUUAGACAUAAUGUAUCCAGCUUGGACUUUCUGGGCCGGUGGGCCCGCCAUUUCCUUACAUCCAACGGGCAUUGGUCGCUGGGAUUUAUUACGUGAAAGUAUAACGGAAGCAAGCUCCAAAACAGACUGGUCUAAAAAACUUCCUCUUGGUUUUUUUCGAGGAUCUCGUACAUCUGACGAGCGUGACGCACUAGUGCUUUUGUCAAGGCGUAGACCAGAUUUGGUGGAUGCCCAGUACACUAGAAACCAAGCUUGGAAAUCUCCAAAAGAUACCCUUAACGCUGAACCAGCAAAAGAAGUUUUAUUUGAAGAGCACUGCCGAUUCAAAUACCUCUUCAAUUUUAGAGGCGUGGCAGCUAGUUUUCGAUUUAAGCACUUAUUUUUAUGCAACUCAUUGGUGUUUCAUGUGGGCGAUGAAUGGAAUGAGUUCUUUUACUUUGCUUUGAAGCCAUGGGUUCACUAUGUACCACUAAAAAGUUAUCCAAGCGAACAAGAAAUAGAAAAGAUUUUAGAGUAUUUUCGUGAUCACGAUGAACUAGCUCAGGAGAUUGCGGAACGCGGGAAACAAUUUAUUUGGAAGCAUCUCCGCAUGAAAGAUGUCGAAUGUUACUGGAAGAAGCUGUUAUUAGAGUAUCAAAAGUUGCUCAAAUUCAAAGUUGUGGCCGACCCUAAUCUCAUCUUGAUUAACCCUAAACAACGGCAAGAAUUAUGAAGUGUGUUAAUUGAAUCUCAAAAGUAUUAUCAAUAUUCAAUAAAGCUAUAAGACAAAUGUGUGAAAGAUA